GGAACACGGGAAGAAGAAGCGUCGCUCACGCCGUCUGGCUGUGGUAACGUUAGUGGCUGGCUAACUGUCUCUCGGUUGUAGAUCAUGGCUGCUUCUAAGCCAGUCGAGCCGCAGUCCGGGACUGGACUACCCCGCUGGCAGCUGGCCCUGUUAGUCGGGACCCCUAUAGUGCUGGGAGUCGGGGCGGUUUAUCUGUGGAACCGCAGCCGGACGAAGGAAAGGAAAGGGACCGGGGAGCGGAAAACACCAGAAGGCAGCGCGAGCCCCGUGCAGGGCCAAGACGGCGCAGCUCGAGCCAGCAGAGAGCAGGAGAACAUGAGCCCGUUGGAUCGGGCCCAAGCAGCAAAGAACAAGGGCAACAAGUACUUCAAGGCUGGCAAGUAUGAGAACGCCAUCCAGUGCUACACAGAGGCCAUUGGUCUCUGCCCCGCAGACCAAAAGACUGAUUUGUCAACAUUUUAUCAGAACAGAGCAGCGGCAUACGAGCAACAGAUGAAAUGGACAGAAGUGGUCCAGGACUGCUGUCAGGCUGUGGAAAUGAAUCCACGCUAUGUCAAAGCUCUGUUCAGGAGGGCUAAAGCUCUGGAAAAACUAGACAACAAGAAGGAGUGCCUAGAAGACGUCACAGCGGUGUGUAUUCUCGAGGCCUUCCAGAACCAACAGAGCAUGCUGCUAGCAGACAAGGUUCUGAAACAGCUGGGAAAAGAGAAGGCCAAAGAGAAAUACAAGAACCGUGAACCGAUGAUGCCUUCUCCUCAGUUCAUCAAAUCCUACUUUAGCUCGUUCACUGACGACAUCAUCUCACAGCCGCUGCAGAAGGGGGAGAAGAAAGAUGAAGACAAGGACAAGGAAGGCGAGGCAGCCGAGGUCACUGAGAGCUCUGGAUACCUGAAGGCAAAGCAGUACAUGGAGGAGGAGAACUAUGACAAAAUCAUCAGUGAAUGCACCAAGGAGAUCGAGUCAGGUGGCCGAUACACUGCAGAGGCCCUGCUGCUGCGUGCCACUUUCUACCUGCUGAUUGGUAACGCUACUGCUGCUCAACCUGAUCUGGACCGGGUAAUCAACAUGCAGGACGCUAAUGUGAAGCUACGAGCCAACGCUUUGAUCAAGCGGGGAAGCAUGUACAUGCAGCAGCAGCAGCCCAUGCUCUCCACACAAGAUUUCAACAUGGCAGCCGAGAUUGACACACGCAACCCUGAUGUCUAUCACCACAGGGGUCAGCUGAAAAUCCUGCUGGACCAGGUGGACGAGGCGGUGGGAGACUUUGACGAGUGCAUCCUGCUCAGGCCAGACUCAGCUCUCGCCCAGGCUCAGAAAUGCUUUGCUCUUUACAGACAAGCAUACACUGGAAACAACCCGUCACAAGUACAGACAGCCAUGGACGGCUUUGAGGAUGUUAUCAGAAGGUUCCCCAAGUGUGCCGAGGGCUACGCUCUUUAUGCUCAGGCUUUGACUGAUCAGCAGCAGUUUGGAAAAGCAGAUGAGAUGUACGACAAGUGUAUUGAACUGGAACCAGACAAUGCUACCACAUAUGUCCACAAGGGUUUGUUACAGCUUCAGUGGAAACAGGACCUCGACUUGGGUCUGGAGCUCAUCAGCAAGGCCAUUGAAAUCGACAACAAAUGUGACUUUGCCUAUGAAACCAUGGGAACCAUUGAAGUCCAAAGGGGAAAUCUGGACAAGGCAAUAGAAAUGUUCAACAAGGCAAUUAACCUGGCCAAGUCCGAGAUGGAGAUGGCCCAUUUGUACUCAUUAUGCGACGCAGCAUACGCCCAGACGGAAGUGGCGAGGAAGUACGGGCUGAAACCUCCGACACUGUAACGUCUCUGCCAACCGAUCGCCAGUCUCAGUCUUCAAUACUCAACCUAACCGUGUUAAAAUGCAACUGUCUGACUUAGCUUAUGAUUUCUAAAAAACAAAAAGAAAAAGAAAAGAGUACUGGAUUAUAAAAGGAAACAAAAGAAGGAGCCCUGAGUAUAUACACCGUGUUUACAUCACUUUAAGGGGUGGUUUGUUAUCAUGGAAAGGAUUUCUAUUCACAAUGAAGCCUCUGGCUGCGUUCCAGGCCUCUGACUGAUUUGGUGGUUUGUUAGGGUGGUUUGUUAGGGUGGGGGCUCUUAACUGACACAGCCCUUUGCUGACAAAUAAAUAAUUCAAUCAUCAUCAAACCUUUCUAUUGCUCAGAAUAAAGAGAUAGUGUUGUCUAGAGACAAAAACAUACAUGAAUGGCCAUGUAUACCUGUCUGAAUUAUUAGUAACUAUGUGAAAUGUUAAGUGAACUGAAACGUGCGCAGUCUCUUGAACCGAUUUCUGGCUUUAAGGCUUUUGUGACUCUUUUAAAUCUACAGAAAAUACUGUGAGAGCUUUACAUAGUUCUAAUGGACUGUUCACUCGUUAAUUUAUGCUGAUCUAAAGUGUUUUUUUUUCCAGCUCCUUUCAUAUGUAACAUACACUAUCAGUUCCGAAUGCAAGAUUAAAAUUAUAGUCAAAUGUGUAAUGUCUGUGUUUGUAAUGCUGGAAUUUGAUCCCAUGGAUACGGGGCUACAGAGAGGUUAGUUUAGCAUCCUGACGUUUUUUUGUUUGUUUGUUUGUUUGUUUUUUUAAUUCUGGGAUUGCCUGUUUUCUUUUUUUUUAUAUAUACUUUGUGCAGCAUGUUCACUUUAUAAAUAAAUGUAAAUGCAAAUGCUCGUGCUGUCUUGAACACUAGGAAAACCUCAACUAUAAGAGACUUUGGGCAAAAACACUUUGGAUUAGAGAAACUUAACCAACUUAAUGUCUGUAGUUAUUUUUUUUGGAAAUUGUUAUUUUUGAAUUGCCUCUAGUGUGAGACGAUGUCACAAGGGAUUGGAGAUUCAGUGGUUUUUCCUAGCUCACUUUAAUUGAGAGUUAUUUUCUAUUUUAUUGUAAAAUGUUUAUUUUUCAUGUUACAUUACAGAUUUUGACAGAGAAACCUUAAGACAAUGGUUUUAUUUUUUCUGUCCUUUUCAAAUUAUAUUCUCACAACCCGAGCCUUAUUGUUUCUAACCCACACGCAGCCCCGAGGAUCUCUUGGUACAGUGUAUGAUUUGGUUCUCAAGUAGCAUCCAU